GCACACGCGUGGAAGCUCCGACACCAACCGUCUCAACAGUGCAGGUGUAAUUUUCGGUGCUACCAUUCAUAAUGGAAACUACAACAGAAGAAUACAAGUUCCAGUUAUUUGACCUCAACACUCAGGUGUUACUGAAAACAGCCCUGAAAGAUCCCAGUUCAGUGAGCCUGGAAAAAGUGUCCAACAUCAUUGUGGAUCAGUCUUUGAAGGACCAGGGGUUCAGUAAAGAGGCUGGCCGUAUUUGCUUCACCAUUGUGCAGGCCGAGGCAAUGCAGAGCAAUGGAACUGUGUUCAGAACCAGCCUGUUGAACCGUCUGCAGCAGGAGUUCAUGGUGCGUGAAGAGACAAGAGUGUGCUCGCUAGAAGAUUGGGUGUGCUACGUCACGUUAAUCUGCCAUAUAUUUGAAUACCUCAAAGUCAGCAACACGCCGAUGUUGGCCCUGGUUCAUCCCGUGUAUGACUGUCUGAUCAGACUGGCCCAGCCUGAUGCUCUGCUAAAUGAGAAGGAGGUGGACUGCCUGGUGCUGCAGCUGCAUCGCAUUGGGGAGCAGCUGGAGAGGAUGAACUACCAGCGGAUGGACCAGCUGUUCUGUCUGCUGCGGAACGGCUUCCUGUUACAGAAAAACCUCAGCUCCAUGACCCGCCUGCUGCUGCUGGAGAUCCUGGAGUUCAGAGCCGGAGGCUGGAUGCUCAGCAGCCCCGCCUACAACUACUACUACAGCGAAGUCAUUGCUGAGUAGCGUUGUUACGGCUAGUGUGGUUACAGAGACCAACGGUGUCAUCGAUGACCCUUCAGGUACUUUGUCAGGGUCAAGACGUUGAGACCUCCUUUCCUUUCUCACCACUGAUGGAGAAACCAGCAAUUUUAAGACACUUUUAUUUUAUGAAAUGUGAAGAUUUCAUUCACAUCACUCUUGCUUUCCUGGAUUAUUCCUUAUACUUGGAAAAUAUUGUUCAUAAUUGGUGCUGUGGCUUUUUAAUGUACUCUUAACUUGUUAAGAGUUGAUGAGGUUUAGCCAGUUUGAGGUGUUCUGGGUAUCGGGACAGAUUAUGUAAAAGAUGAUUAUGGAUAGAGAAGACGAACUUAUUUUUGUUUUCCUGAGCUUUUUCCACAUUCCUUUUAUAAGAAAACAUUUCAAAGUUAAAAUCAACUUUCACAUUAUUUCAUUUGGCGGGGGGGGGCUUUUCAGGGAGAAUUCAUUUUAAAAAAUCAGAUCUUUUUAGCCCGUUUUUAAACUGUAGCAGUGAUAGUCAGUGAUGUGGGGUCAGGUCUGGGAGUGUGCACUGCAUUCUGGCAUCUGAAAAGUAGCCGUCUAUCUCCCACAACCAGGUGAAAAGUAAGUGUGUCCAUUACCUUCUCUGGCUGCUAUGGUCCUCGACACAGAGGCACCUGUGUGCUGAAAUACACCAUGUGCCCAAAAUGGCGUUCUCUCACAAUGCAAGUGAUGCACCUGAUCUGAGUCUCCCUAAGUAACCGUGCACUUGACACAAAGUCCUUCCAGCAGAACCCAGCAAUCCCCCAAAAAGACCUAACACCAAAAAUGUCCAAUUGCUGUCAUAAGUCACUGGUUAGCAUCAAAGUCUCACAACAGGAAACACCAGGAACCUCAAGACUUUUUUCUCUUUCAGAAGUAUCAGCAUCACCAAACACCGCUGUCCAACUAGCUCAUGACUCUGUAAAAUCUUCUCAGGCAUCUCUCAGUCUUAAAGGCUGAGAACCCAGAGACAUGAAUGUCUCUCUAAGUUCAGCACUUGGCUGAGUUCAGCAAGUCAUUAAAAGCAUGGAUCUUAGUCUUGAUCCAGGACCAUCACAAACCCCAACACUGAUUUCUCACUCAGCUUUUCAAGUGCUGCAUUUAUGGUCUCUAUUCCACAAAGAUCACAGCAUCAUCUGCAAAGUCAGGGUCACUAAACCUUUCCAUGUCAAUGAAGGCACGGAAGCCACUGGUUCCACAACCCAACACCCUGUCCAUGCCAAGAACUGAACAGCUUAGGAGCCAGAACACACUCCUGAUGAACGCUGGUAUUAACUGGGGGUGGUGUCAGAGGCUCCGCCUUCACUCUGCACAGCACACGUUGUACCCGUCUAUGGAGUGCCUACCAUGACCAGCAUCAUCUUAUGGAUCCUGUGAAGCCCCCGUCAGCCGAAACAAAUGUUUGAUUUGACAUUUAUUUUUAGGUUGUAGAUUUUUGCAUUCCAUGAUGGAUGAGCAGUUUACUACAAAUUACUUUUUUUCUAUUGUACAUGAGCUGUGCUGGUUGGAUAAUUUGUGAUUGCUUAACUUUUAACAUUAUUGCAACAAACAGAAGUACUUUGUAUGGCACCAGUAAUAUAAAUAUGCUCCUUUAAUGUUGUCUUAAGUCAACCAAAGAACUCUUGAGUCCUCAUUUAUAAAUCUCUGUGCAUGCACAGAGGCAGAAAUGUGUAUCAGUGUUCUUUUUGCCACUUGUAUGUGCACGUGUGGCUGAACAGGAGAUUGUUUCAGAAAGCAGGAUCAACAAACUCUGACUUUCUCUAACAUCCGAGUUGAUUUAUCCUGAGAUUGAAAGGCUGAGUUUUCAGUUCCAGAGCAGCUGAUUAAGUUAGUUUAAUAAA